AUGCUUCUCACGAAGCUCGUACAGGGCCUUGGGGCUCUGUCCCUUGUUCAUAUUGCCGUCGCAGCCGACCCAUUGGCUCCGAGAGCCAAGGACUCCCAGGACUCGGGCUAUGGGGUAGAGUGCUGGGGAUGCGGCAAAACCGUCACCCAGAUUUACACGGAGACCACAACGUGCAUAGAGACGGAAACCAAGACCGAGACCACAACGUGCAUAGAGACGGAGACGGAGACGGAGACCGAAAUCAGGACCGCGACUGAGACGGAAACCUGCACAGUGACGGAAACCAAGACCGGGACGGCCACGAUCACGGAGACCCUCCCAGCUGUGACGGUGACGCGCCCAGGCGCUACGGUGACGCUUCCGGCUUCGACCAAGACUGUGACGGAUACCGUGACCGACGUUGUCACGGACACCAUCACGGCGACUGAGACCGACAGAGCCACAGUCACUGACACCAAGACAGACGAGGUCGAGGUCACCGAGACGGCGACGGUUACGCGGGAAACCACCGAAUUCUUGACGUCGACUUACACCACGUCCUUCCCGGUAACUGUGACGACCACCGUCUGCAAGGGGUGGCCCAAGAAGUGCGAUGUUAGCACGACCACCAAGUGGGAGACCAAGACGACAACCGAGGUGGUUGUGUCCACGUUUGUCACUGUCGUCCCGACCACGGUUCCUGUGACAGAGACCUUGACCGACAUUGAUACCGUCACUGCCACUGCCACAGCCACUGAGUUGGUACCAACGACGCUCACGAGCAGCAUCACCGUAACGGAGGUCACCACAUUUGUCACCUCGUAUCCGGUUACCGUCACGGAUAGCACGACAAUCUACACGACCGAGACCUCGGUUGUGACCUCGACCUUUGUCACUGUUAGCACGCUGACAUCGGUCGUCAGAACCACGGACACCAUCACCCGGUUUAGCACGCUCCCUGCCUCGACGGUUACGGAUGUGAUCACGACCGUGCUCCCGCCCGUGACUAUCACGGUCACCAAAGACGGAGAGGUCGUUACCACGGUCAUCCCCGGACCCACCGUCACGACGACGACGACGUCUAUUGUACCCCCCGUCACAAUCACCGUAUCCGGCCCGACGAUCACCCGCGACGUUUCGGUCUGCCCUGCGCCGACGAACUCGGGUGUCCCGGCUCCACGUGCCACGAGUGGUCAGCGCCAACUUUGGGGCUGUGACCCCGGAUAUGUUUGCGACCUCCCGAAACCCGAGGGCUGCAAUGUGUGGGCUGAUGCCCCGGCCGAUGACUUUGUUUGCAACCCUGCAUUUUGCAAGCCGGCGCCGUACUUCCCGCUCAUUGAAUGGCCCGAGAACAAGACGGGCUACUACCCUCCGACGGAGGGCUACUUCAACCUGGAUCCCAGGGCGUUCGGCCUGAGCUACGACAUUUUCGCUGGAGAAGUGGUCACCACUAAGAUCCACGGCCACAAGACCACCCUUACUACAGGUAACUGGGCUUCGCAGUCGGAUCUUACACACUACCCCCCCGCGCCAACCGCGACCAUCACCAAGGGCGCGUCCUACGAUCGCCGCAGUUUCGGCCUGUUCAAGCGCGACAUCACCAUUGCUCCACCCAGCUGCUACGCCAAGUGCAACAAUGCCUUCAACAUUGCGCAAAAGGGCGGCUUCACUUCAGAUCUCUGCAAAAAUGACUCGCAGUUCAAAGUCAACACGGACAUCUGCACCAACUGCCUCGCCGACCAUACCGCCGACCUGAAGCUCACGCUGCGUGCGUACCUCGACAACGUCUUUCGCGAUUUCUGGAACUUCUGCAACAUCCAACCCGGCGAGCCGCAGCAGCCGACCAGCGGCACGCCACCGCAGAGCCAGAUCACGGGUACGCCCUCCUUCUCGUCUAGCUCCCAGGCGCCGCCCAACACCGACACCGAGCCGGUCCCCAUCACCACUACCAGCACUACCAGCACCAGCACGAGCGAAAGUGAGCCGUCCUCGUCGCCCCCGCCCAGCUCCUCCGGCCACAGCGCAACGGCCACGGCCACGUCCACGGGCACCAGCACGACCAAGACCGGCACUGGAUCUCCCUCUUCUGCCACCGGCACCGCCAGCAGUGUGUCCGUCCCCGAGUCCGAAACCACGUCGGCACCACCCACUGGCACCUCCACGCUCGUUACCUCCACCACGACGCGGUCAGCCACUAGCUCCAUCGCCACGGGCGCUGCGGGUAGGAUGAUGCCGCGUGGUGUGGUGGGUGGCCCGUCGGGUCUGGUGAACUUGCUCGCUAGCUUGUUGGCUGCGCUGUUUUUCCUCUAG